GAAGGUCUUAUAGACGCUAGCGGAGGCUUUUCCAGAUUCCAGAUCCUUUUGUUUUCCUCGGUCAGUAUGAGUAAAGUAGGGCCGACAUGGAGCAUGCUCGUUAUGACGUUUGCUGGGGCGAUUCCAUCUUGGCAAUGUGAAAACGGUGUAAACGAUUACACAUCACACAACAAUCUUUCAACUUUGAACCCUGCGCAUAGUAAUGGAAGCGCAUCUUUUCAACAAUGUUAUCCUUCCGGUAAUUCUACAUCCGACGGUUGCACUGACUUCAAGUUUGCUGGCGAUAUGAACACAAUCGUCAGCGAGUGGUCCUUGAUUUGCGACAAAGACUGGGUAGCCUCCACGAUCACCACAAUCCAGAUGAUUGGUCUACUUGUGAGUGGACUCACCGCUGGUCAUAUAGCUGAUGGAAUUGGCCGGAAGCCUACCUACUUCAUGUCUUUACUCAUGCUUGUCAUCUGUAAUGUUAUCGCUGGAUUCUCCACUUCUUGGAAAAUGUUUGCAGUUAUGCGCUUUUUGCUGGGAUUCGGAUCCGGAUGUUAUUUGACAGUAUUCUAUAAUUUUAUGAUGGAAUUCAUUCCUUCCAAACACAGACCCAUCGUCGUUGCCUUCCCAUCAUGGGCUGUCUGGGCAUGCGCACUCGGCUUCCUAUCCAGUUGGCUUCGAGAUUGGAGCCACAUCCAUUUCGCUACAGCUGUCAUGACUGCUCCGUGGAUCUUCUUUUGGUGGGUGACCCCUGAGAGUUUUCGAUAUCUGGUGUCCCAUAAUAAAAUCAACGAGGCGAAGGAUGUCGUACGGAUGAUGGCACGCAUUAACGGUCGACCUGUUCCUGAUCUCCAGAAACUCCGUAUGCUCGCUGACAUUGAUAAGGCGAUAGAUGAAAGGAAGUACACGGUGAAGGAUAUCUUCUCGUCGAAAACACUCCGGAAGUAUACGUUUCUUCUCGGUGUCGGAUGGUUGUCAUGUGGUUACGGUUAUUAUGCUAUCUCGUUUGGUGUACAGAGCCUAUCCGGGAGCCUUUUCUAUAACAUGUUUCUACUCACCGUUGUUGAGGUACCCGCUCAGAUGUCAACAUACUAUCUGUCCAACAAAUUUGGAAGGAAGUGCACAGCGUUUGGGUUUUUCACAAUUUCAAGCCUUUCCUCAAUCGUUGUUGCCGUAACACAGAUCACAGAUAUUGAACUGAAGCAUCAACUAAUGAAUGGAUUUGCGAUGGCAGCGAAAAUGGGUGUUGCUGCAGGAUGGUCAGCCCUCAUGUUACUGACCACCGAAAACUACCCUACAGUUGUUAGAAACAUUGGAUUUGGUUUACAAUGCUCCGUCAGCAGAGUCGGUGGGAUGGUGGCGCCACUAGUUGUUUAUCUGAAUCAUCACUUUCCUGGUGCAUUAUACUUCAUAUGUGGAGGACUUCUGUUGAUCUCGGCGGUGUGUACGUUAUUUAUACCGGAAACAAAGGGGAGGGCAAUGCAGGAUGUCAUCGACGAAAACGCCACCAGAGGGAGUCCUUGUCAGCUACAUUCUUUACUCUCAUCAGACUCACCUUCAGACGAAUCAUCGGGUACUGUCACCGAAAACGUGCCGUCUAAAACUUCAAAUCACUGA